AUGCAAACACAACUAUCAUCAUCCGAUUCGGCACUUGCCAUCUGUUCAACAUCUUCAGAUGAAGGAAAUAAAUCAUUAUAUCCAAAUGAAAAUGAUAAUAAUGGACUUUUGAAUUCUUCACGUAUUUCAUAUACACAUCCACAUCCUCACCAAUCACCAGUACCAUUUGUUUAUGGUCAUCCAUCAACAUCAGCAUAUGGUUUUGGUUUUAGUUUUUAUGAUGAAAUAUCUCCAUUUACUGAUACAUCUCGAACAUCUUAUACAUUUGUUCAUACAACAAAACGUACUGAUCCAAAUAUUGAUGUUAAACUUGAAAAUAUUGAUUUAUGGAAACGUUUUGCUGAACUUGAUUUAGAAAUGAUUAUAACAAAAAGUGGAAGACGUAUGUUUCCAACAUUUAAAAUAUCAUUGACUGGACUUGAUCCAACAAGUAAAUAUAUUGUUUAUAUGGAUGUUAUACCUGUUGAUAAUCAUCGAUAUAAAUAUCAUAAUUCUCAAUGGAUAAUUACGGGUGCAGCUGAACCACAUAUGCCAGGUCGAUUUUAUCCUCAUCCGGAUAGUAAUUCAACUGGUGCACAAUUAAUGAAACAACCAUUAUCAUUUGGUAAACUUAAAUUAACUAAUAAUACUGCUGAUCAAAAUGGACAUAUUGUACUUAAUUCAAUGCAUAAAUAUAUUCCUCGUCUUCAUAUUGUACAAGCUUUUAAUUCAUCUAAUACUGAUAUGAAAGUAUCAAUGGCACCAUUUGAUAAUAUUAAUAUAUUUGUAUUUCCAGAAACUCAAUUUAUUGCUGUAACUGCUUAUCAAAAUGAGGAUGUUACUCGAUUAAAAAUUGAUCAUAAUCCUUUUGCUAAAGGUUUUCGUGAAAAUAAUGGACAUUCUAAUCGAAAAGAUAUAAAAUCAGCAAAACGAUGUCUUGAUGAUGAUUAUGAUCGAAAUAUAUAUCCAACACCAGAAUCAUCAAAACGACGUAAAUCAAGUUCAGGUGAAGAUGAUCAAAUACCUCCAUCACAUAUUGCAUCUGUAAAUAGUACAGCUAAUAUACCGGAUUCAACAACUUCAUUUACAGAUUUUUAUGAAAAUCAAUUUCAAUCACAUUUUUAUGAUCCUAGUUUGUAUACAUCACCUUAUUCUCGAUUAACUCCAACUUAUCCAUUUUCUUAUACACCGAUGGCAUCAACUCCUAAUACAAAUCCAUUUUCAUUAGCAGCAGCUGCCGCUGCAAGUCGAUACUCAUCACCAUAUUCAUUUUCUUCACCUUAUUAUCAAUAUCCUACUUCAUCGUAA